UGUCUUUGCCACAUAGUACGACUGCGUUCACCUUUCUUUCUUUCCUGUAAAGUACGAAUGCAUUCACCUUUUUUUUCUUUCCUACAAAGUGCGAAUGCGUUCACCUUUCUUUCUUUUUCUGUAAAAUACGAAUACGUUCACCUUUCUCUUUAUAGUACAUAGUAAAAAUGCGUUCACCUUUUUUAUUUUGCCAGGUAUUCUAUGCGAGUAUAUAUACUGAGAAGAUUUGACAAUUGAUCUACACUGUAAAUUGAAUACAACUAUUUAAUAUUUCUUUAUAAAAUUGUUUAUUUCUCUUUGUGAAAGUCGAGAUGUGUUAUCGAUUGUCUAACCAUUCAUUAAUACCUGAACGUCAAUUAGGUAAAAAUGGACCAAAAGUACCAGCUAUUGGUUAUGGAGCAAUGGGUUUAUCAAUAUCAUAUGGAACUAUCGGAUCCGAUCAAGAACGAUUCAAAGUCUUGGAUCGUGCUAUUGAAUUUGGUAGUACUUAUUUUGAUAGUGCCGAUAUAUAUGGUGAUAAUGAAGAUUUAUUAGGAAAAUACUUCAAGAAAUAUCCAGAACAACGUAAAAAGGUGUUUCUUGCAACAAAGUUUGGCGGAGUAUUUUUUCCUGACACAAAAUCUUACUCAAUUCGUGGUGAUGCACAAUAUGUUUAUGAAGCAUGUGAAAAAAGUCUAAAAAGACUCGGUGUUGAUUCAAUCGAUCUGUAUUAUGUUCAUCGUAUUGACAAAACUGUACCAAUUGAAGAAACAAUGGAGGCUUUAAAGGAACUUGUAAGAGUUGGUAAAAUAAAAUAUAUUGGUUUGUCUGAAUGUUCAAGUAAUACAUUACGACGAGCAUAUGCUAUUCAUCCAGUUGCUUGUGUACAAAUUGAAUAUUCACCAUUUAGUUUGGAUAUUGAAAGAGAUGAAAUUGGUCUUUUAAAAACAUGCCGAGAAUUUGGUGUAGCUAUUGUUUGUUAUUCACCAUUAGGUCGUGGAUUAUUUAGUGGAAAAAUCAAAAGUCCAGAUGAUUUUGAAGCAGAUGAUUUUCGAAGAAUAAUUCCACGUUUUUCCAAGGAAAACUUUCCGAGGAAUCUUAAAUUGGUCAAUGAAUUGACAGUAAUAGCGAAUAAAAAAGGUUGUACACCAAGUCAAUUAACAUUAGCAUGGAUUCUUGCUCAAGGUAAUGAUUUCAUUGUAAUACCAGGUACAAGCAAAAUCAAAAAUUUAGAAGAAAAUGUUGGAGCUGCUCAGAUCAAAUUAAGCAAAGAAGAAAUAAAAGAAAUUCGAGAAGCUUGUGAAAAAGCCGAUGUAGCAGGUGAACGUUAUCCUGAAUUUGCAUGCGCCAGUCUAUUUAGUGAUUCGGCUCCAAAGAAGAAUUAA